AUUGAUUAGUGUCCAAAUUCUUGACUUGUAUUCUUUGGUUGAGUAUCAACAUACUGAGUUUGAAACAGAAGGAGAUGGAGGGAGAGGGAACCAGAAAAUUGCAUGAAAAAUAUCCGAUGAACGGUGGUGAUGGAUCCUACAGUUAUGCCAAGAACUCUACAUACCAGAAAGGAGUAACUGAUGCUGCAAAAGAAGUUGUAACUAAGGCAAUUGUGGAUAAGCUUGACAUGGAAAUACUACUUUCACCAAAGACUUUUUCUAUUGCAGAUUUGGGUUGUUCUGUAGGGCCAAAUACUUUGUUCUCAGUUCAAAAUAUUCUGGAAGCAGUGGAAUCCAAGUGUCAGACUCAAAUCCCAGAAUUUCAAGUUUUCUUUAAUGAUCAUAUCUCAAAUGACUUUAACCUUCUCUUCAAUUCCCUCCCUUUGGACAGAAAAUAUUAUGCUGUGGGAGCACCAGGUUCUUUCUAUGGUCGCAUAUUUCCUAACAAUUCAAUUCACUUUUUUCACUCUUCUUAUUCUAUGCAAUGGCUUUCGAGAGUACCAAAGGAAUUAGUGAACAAGAGCUCUCUAGCUUGGAACAAAGGGAGAAUCCAUUACUCAACUUCUGCAGAUGAAGUUGUUUGGGCUUAUCAAAAUCAAUUUGCCAAAGAUGUUGAUUGGUUUCUGAAUUGCAGAGCACAAGAGACUGUGUGUGGAGGGCUCAUGGUGCUUAUUAUUCCCGGCCGCCCUAAUGAAACGCCUCACUCUCAGACUUUACAGUCCAUGAUUUUUGAACUUCUAGGAUCUUGCCUCAUGGACAUGGCAAAAAAGGGAAAGACAAGUGAGGAGAAAGUAGACUCCUUUAACAUACCAAUUUAUUAUACAUCCCCCCAAGAACUUGAAAUUGUUGUGGAACAAAACAGAUGUUUUAGCAUAGAGAGACUUGAGAUCAUACCUCAAGUAUACUCACAAGCAACUCUUUCGGAGAAAGCUCAAGAACUUUCAUCUCACAUGAGAGCUGCCACUGAAGGACUAUUCAAGGAGCAAUUUGGAGAAGAGAUCUUAGAUGACCUUUUCGAAUCCUACAGGAAUAAAGUUCAAGAGAACUUUUCUACCUUCCAAUUAGGCGUAGGGAUUAAUUUUUUUGUGCUUCUUCAGCGUAAAUCAACAAACUAAAACACAUGUUUUGUUUAUUUAUGAAUCAUGAAGUGUACAAGCCUAGAUUGAUUUUAUCCCACAUUCCUUUUGCCCAGAUUUAUUUUAUCAAAAGGUUGCUAUUU